AUGAACGAAAGCGUUCCAAAUGAUCAUGAUUUGCAAAUAAAUAUAUAUAAUGAUAAAACAAAUACACAUGUAAGUAAUGAAAAACAAUUGAACAAAAUAUUAUCAAAAGAAAAAAUAGAACAGACAGCAAUGGAAUUUGAUUAUAUUGUAAAAGAUAUACCACAAAAACCUAUAUUAAGCUAUAAUCCUAAUGAAUUAACAUGGAAUUCUACACAUACGAUUAACCUAGAACAUAAAUAUUGCUACUGUUCUCAAGAUAGAACUUUAGAUGAACCAGAUUUCCAAUGUCGUGUCUGCAGAAAUUUCUUUCAUGCUCGAUGCUUCAGAUCCCCUCUGGGCGAAGUAUUACCAUUUUUAAUAAACUAUACAUUAGUUUGUAGUCUAUGUAGCAAUACAAAUAUUGAAGAAUUCCAUCGGUCAAUAGCCUCAUGGAGAGCUAUUUGUGGAUGUGUUAUUGCAAAUCUUACUGCUCAGAAAAUAAUAUCAGAUCAUCCGAAAUGGACAAAAGAAAUGAUUUCUAGUAAAAAUCAUAUGGAAUUGUCUAGACUUGAAUAUUUUUUUACAAAAAAAACAGAUAUUGUUCCUUUUCUUGAAAAUUCAUUCAAUUGGAGAGUUUUAUGUAUUGAUAAAGAAAAAACUAGUACAUGGCAAUCAACACUCGGGAGUUUGCUUUCAUCGAGCAAAGAUGCUUUUAGGGCUCAAGACGAAGGAAAUAGAUCACAAAAUAGCCCUUAUUCAUUAAUUGAUACAAAUCUCUUCCAAUUUAGAUCAACAUAUAGUUCUCAUAAAUUAACAUCAACUGUAUCUCGCAAGAGACAAGAAAAUAUUGAAAAUAAAAAAGACAUUAAAGAACCAAGAGAGAGAAAGGAAACAUGGAAAAAAAAAGAAUCUCAUUCAAAAAAAAAAGAUAAAACAUUGGAUACUAAUGUUUUUAAUACCUCUAUUCUUCCUAGAAUCCGGCCACCUCCUUAUCGGCCUUCUGAUUUUAAUGCAACUCCUCGUUUACCUACAUUUAUAAGGAUUGAAAAUAAUAAUAUAAAUCAAGAAUUUUAUUCUCUAACAGAUCAACCGUUUAAUAGAAAAACAUUUCGCUAUCUUCCUUGUGAAGCCACUCCACUUAUGCCAAAUAUUAUGUAUAGACAAAUUGAAUUACCUCCAUAUAGAGCAAGAAUUAGUUGGAAUGAUAUUAGUCAAAAUGUGCUUUUAGACAAAGAUGGAAUGACUGCAACAACAGAAAAAGGAUUCAGAAUGGCAAGAACAAAUGUUUGUAUGAAUGAAGGCGACUGGUAUUUUGAAUUCAUUAUUGAAAGAGGAAAUGGAGAUCAAGGUGGAUUUGUACGCAUUGGAAUAGCUCGAAGAGAAGCUUCAUUAGAUGCACCUGUUGGUUUUGAUGGGUAUUCUUAUGCAUUACGAGAUAAAGGUGGACAAAAAGUUCACAUGUCUAGACCUCGCGAUUUUAUGGAACCAUUUGGUACAGGUGAUGUAAUAGGGUUCCAUGUAUCUCUUCCAAAAAAUGCAUCAAAAAAUACAUCUUUUCUAAGAAAUAACAUUUUUAGAGACAGAAUUCCUAUUCGUUAUAAAGGACAGCUUUAUUUUGAACAGUUAGAAUAUAUACCUUCAAAAGAAAUGGAGGAUUUAAUGAAUCCUGCAUCAAAUUCAGUUAAACCUAUCACUAAUCCACCAAUUAUCAAAAAUUCUUUUAUAAGAGUUUAUAAAAAUGGAAAAUUUAUGGGAACAGCAUUUCAAGAUUUAUAUGCAUUUUUACCUCCUAAUUCACAAACUAUACAAACACGAGAUAUAAAUGAUGGAAUGCUAGGCUAUUAUCCAGCUAUAAGCAUGUAUCGUGGUGGUAUAGUAAGACUAAAUUUUGGCCCUCUUUUUAAAUACCCCCCUAAAGAUAUUUCACUUGGAUCAACUAUAAUACCACUUUUUGAAAGAUAUACUGAACAAAUUGCAGAAGAUAUUAUAUGGGAUUUAAUAGACGAAGUAGAUUUAAGUUUUUCAAAUGAAAUUGUAGAAUCAUUAUCAACAUUAAGAACAAAAGAAACUACAAAUUCAUCAGAAAUUUCAGAAAUUAAAGAAAUCGAAGAUAUUUAA